AUGCUAGUUUAAAAGAAGAAUACUUCAGGAAGAAUUCUUACAUCAACAAAAAAUGUUUAACAAUCAGAUGAUUCAUUCACAAUCUAACAAAGAACUUAUUACUAAAUUAAAAUUAUCAGACAAGGAAAGAUCACCAGAAUGAACUCUCAAACAUAACAAAUCCUCAAUAGAUUCAAGAUAAUAAAUUUUUUUUAGAUUAUUUUAAAUAUCUAUUUAAUAUUAAUAAUGAAGAAAAAGGAGGCAUCACUAUUUGUUUUGAUGAUGAUCUUAUAACUUUCUGUUUGUUAAUGGACUGGAAUAGUAGGUUAUUAUUGUGAGGAUUAAAAAUUUAUAAAUGAAAUAAAUGUUGGAGGCUUUAAUGCCCCUGCAUAAUCAAAAAGGGCAUAAUUUAUAGAUUGUAUGAUUCCAUCUACCAGCUAUAUAAUUCUCUCUUCAGAAUAGAAAAUUUUACAAAGCGAAAGUGAAGUAGAAUUGAUUUCAGGAGAUUAUAUAUCCGUGGAUUUAUUUUUUUAAGGUACUUGGUCAAAUGGGAUAAUAACUAUAAAAAUAGGAGGAUUUAAUUAUCAAUUUUAGUAUUCUUCGCCUAAUUAAUAUCCAUAAUAGGAUGGAUUUUGUGAUAAUAUCUAAAAUGAUGUGAAAACAAUAAAAAUUGAAAUUACUUCGUCAGAAAAGAAUUUAGUCGAAUUUAAUACAAACCAAAACGAUGAGGGAAAAGUUUCGAUAAGGAACUUUUACAUAUCAAGAUUUAAAUGUUAUUCCUUAUGCAAAACUUGCAAUGGCGCAAAUUAUGACUAGUGUUUAAGCUGUUAUAAUGGAUCACCUGUGAAUAAUAUUUGUCAGUAAUGUCCAGACAAUUCGUAUUUAAUGUAAAAUGUAUGCAAACCAACUUGCAAUUUUUAUUAUCGUUCAAAUUAUGAUAGAACAUGCACAGAGUUUUAAUGUAAUAUUUUUUAAUAAUGAAAGCAAGCCCUAUUUUUUUUGAAAAGCAUUUUCCAAAUGAAGAGAGAUAUUCUCUCUAAAUUCCACUUAUGAUUAAUGAUUCAGAUUUUGAUAAAGCAAAUUUCGGAAUAUUACUAGGGAUAUUUACUAAAAAUUAUAGCAGUUAGCGAUUUGUAGAUUUAUCUUCAUAUUAAUAAGGAAUCUGCUUUAUAGGAAUAAGGAUGAUUCUAUCAUUUUUUAAUGAUAUACCUGUUGGAGGAGGAAUAGAGUUUAAAAUUAAUAAUACUUAUUAUGGAUCAAUAUAAAAUACUAAUGAAGGUAAGAAAUUUCACAGAACCAAAUUAUAUCAAGAAGAUUAAUUUAUUUGCCCUAGUUUAUGGACUAAUUGUUAAAGAUCUACAAUAUUUUUGUUUGUUGAUAUCCCAAAAUAUUCAUUUGUAUUUACAGCUCUUGGAAAUUACAAGUAAAUAUUAAAUAGAUAAAUUCAUUUAGAACUUCAGAUGCAGGAUGGAGUAUAAGUGAAUUUGAGGUAUCUUCUGGGUAUUGCCAAUCUAAUUGUAAGUUUUGUGAGAUACCUUAUGUCUGCUAAAUUUGUAAUGACGGAUUAUUCAUAUCAAGUGAAGGUAACUGUGUUCCAUGUAAAGAAUAUUUUGAAACAAUAAAUUCAAACUAUUGUGAUUCUUAUGAUUAGGAAACUCAAUGUAUUAAUAUGUAUUAGUUAUUUAGAUUCCAAAUUUUUAAUAAAAAAUGAAUAUUUUAGUUAGAUUAAUGAUCCAUUAUAAACUUCGAGAUAUAUUUUAGUUUCAUAAAAUGGUGUAAAUUUUUUAAAAGGAUCAUCUAUCUUUUAUUCAUUUUGGAAAGGAAAGUAUAUUUUUGGAGGUUAAUUUGUUUGGAGUUCAGCAUAGUUUAAAAUAACUCAUGAAAUUAAAAAUCCGCAUCAUAGAGUAACUAUAGGAUUUUAUAUUUUAUAUGGUAAGAAUUUUCCAUCAGAUGGUAAAUUUAUUUACACUUUUGAAUAAAAUUAAGCAAUAAUAAAAUCUAUGGAAAGUGCUGAUAUAAGUAAUGAUGAUGAAACAAAAUCAGAGAGAAUGAAAUUUAUAGAAAUCCAUUCUUCUAAUACAUUAACUUUGUAUUGGGAAUGUUCAGGUAAUAACAACAAUCCUUAAAAUGCAUAUUGUGGAUUAUAUGGAUAUAAUGUUGUUGUUCAUUAUUGCUAACCUAAUUGUUUAUAAUGUCUUGAUUAUAAUUCUUGUAUCUUGUGGGAUAGCUCGAUUGAAUUAGAAUAUCGUACAGAAAAAGCAUGUUCAGCUGAGAAAUAUUAUAACAAGUAGGAAUAAAAAUGUUUAUCUUGUCCUUCAUCAUGUCUUACUUGUAUAUCUGCGGAAAAUUGUUUGAGUUGUGUAUCAACGUAUAGUCUUAUUAGAAAAGGAUGUAGUUGUUUAAUGAAUUAAUAUGAAGCAAAUAGUUAAUGUUAUGAAUGUCCUAUUGGGUGUAAUUAAUGUCUGAAUGAUACUUAUUGUUUAGAAUGUUUGAUAGAAAAUAACAGAUAAUUGCAAAAUGGAUAAUGUGUUUGUUUAGAUGGUUAUUACUCUAUAAGUUCUAAUCCAGUUUGUUAAAAAUGCAAAAGUUAACAAACAUGCUAAUGCACUUCAGGUACUAGUUAUGAUGAAUCUUCAAAUUCUUGUAUGGCAUGUCAUUCAUCUUGUCUAACUUGUUUUAAUAAAAAAAUUAAUGGUUGCUUAUCUUGUGAUCUAACAAAAAAUAGAAUAUUAAAAGGGUUAUAAUGUUGGUGUAAACCCGGAUAUUAUGAAUAAAAUAAUAGUUGUUUAAGUAAGAUAUAAAUUAACUUUAGGCUGUCCCAUAACAGAAAAUUAAGCAUUAACACAAUGUUUUAAAUUAUGUUUAAAUAAUUCUUUUAUUUGGCAUUCAGUAACUUGUUAAUCAUGUGAUCCUGGAUUUAAGCUUGUUCAUGGUGAAUGUAUGCCUGUUUGUGGAGAUUUUUAAAGAGUUGGAUAUGAAGAAUGUGAAGAUGGAAACUAUGAUUUAUUUUAAACAUUAAUGAAUUAAAAUUGA